UCUGGACUCAAAUGCGAUAUCGUUUUUACGGUAUUCAAGAAUCGUAUGCAUGAAGAGCCAGAUCUGGUCCGACGGCUUAAAGUUGUUUUUCAAUUCAAUAUAACAGUGGACGGACAGCAGAGAACUAUUUGGACCUGUGAUAAUAAGUCCCGACCCGAGGGAGACGUGUAUUUGGGAACACCUAAGAAUGGCAAACCCGACUGCACUGUUACUGUCGAAGACGAGGACUUUCUUAAGCUUAUGGUCGGCAAACUGAAUCCACAGCGGGCAUUUAUGAUGGGCAAACUCAAAAUCAAAGGCAAUAUAAUGCUUCUCCAGAAACUCAACUCUUUAUGGCUAGACUUGCAAAAAGCAGGAAAAGCACCGGAAUUACCAUUUUUAACUGAUAUGAUGCUUAAAACGGUUUGU